AUGCUUAAGCUGAGGAGCAUUUGCACGACCCUGAUCGGGGGGAAGGUGUACAACAUUAACGGGAAAACCAUCAGGGAGGAGAAGUUGCUCUCGGAAGGGGCUUACUCAUUUGUUUAUCUGGCUAAAGACUUAAACACAAACAAAUCAUACACCAUAAAGAAGACAAUUUGCCAAGACAAGGAGAAGUUGGAAAUGGCAAAGAAGGAAAUUCAAAUCCUUAAAACUUUACCUCCACAUAAAAACAUCGUACAGUAUUUUGGAUCAACCAUCAUAAGUGAGAACAAUAACAGAAUAGUUAUCAUGUUGAUGGAUUUUUGUGAGAGAGGAAAUCUGUUAAACAUAUUUCAAAAAAAUAAAGAAAAAAUAAAGGAAAACCAUAUUGUCAAAAUUAUCAAGGAUAUAGUCAACGGAUUAAAUUUCUUACAUACGCAGGAAAUACCAAUCAUACAUAGAGACAUAAAAUUGGAGAAUAUCCUUUGUGAUAAAAAUGGAGUGUAUAAAAUAUGUGAUUUUUGUUCACAUAGUGUAUCCACUUCGUUCUUCCCAAAUGAUUUAACAAAGGAUUCACUAAAUAUUUUGAAGGAGGAGAUUGAAAGAGAUACAACUUUCAUGUAUAGGCCUCCAGAGCUAAUUGACUUGUAUGCUAAUAGAGAGAUUUCCUGCAAAGUAGAUGUGUGGAUGGUUGGUUGUAUUUUGUAUUUGCUUCUUUUUAAAGUGCAUCCUUUUCAGAAUGAGCACAAGAGCUUACUGUCCAUAAUAAAUGGAAGCUUUACCAUUCCAUACCAUUUAAAAUACUCUAAAAAGAUAAUGUCUAUUUUGCUAAUGACGUUGAAUAAGAACCCAGAGAAGCGGCUAGACUCUACGACUCUUUUAUUUAUUUUGGAGAAUUAUGCAGACUUGAAACUGUGGUUCAUGCAUAUCCCCAGUGAUGUUAAAAAAAUGGUGAACCAAAUUUUUGAAAAAAUUAAUGAACUGAAUUUGAACAAGGAGAACGAGGUGAUCGAAAUAAGCAACGAUCGGAUUUUGGAUGUGAAGAUUUCCUCACACAAGUACCAAACGCAGGUACCCAAGAGUGCCCCCCGAACCUUCUUCAAGUUCUUCUCCCCCAGCGUACUGGCGCAGGAUCCCUUGAAGGGGAAUUCAUCUCAGCUGGGUGACACCACCACCAAACAGGACAGCGCCGCCACCCAACCGGUUGUUGACACCACCAAUCAGGUUGACACCACGAAACAGGACAAUGUCGCCAACAAACCGGAUGAUAACACCGUACAGCUAGGUAGCACCACCAAGGAAGGUCAGCUGAUCAGCAUUGAAAGUUCGGGCAGCGUGGCCGAUCUUGGGAGCGCCACGCAGAACGAGUUCUGUGAAGAUUUUCUCAACCUGAACGGGGAUACUGUCCAAACGGAGGAGCAGAAAGGAAAUUCCGAAUACAGCAGUUGGAGGGAAAACAACAUUUUGAAAGACAUAACUUUGGAUAGGGAGAUGAAUACGUUUGGCUUCGACAUGGAGUUUGGGUGUGACAGGAAUUGUGAUAACACGUAUCGCAGUGAGGGAGGAGAUGCAGUGACAGAUUCAACCGGAAAAAAGGAAGAUGGCAUUCCAGUAGGAAAGGAAGUUGCCAACAUGAACCAAGGCUUAAAGGAAAACAUGAUUCAGGAGCAAAGGGACUUCAAGGAAUUCUUCGACCCAUGGAACGCCUCCAAGGGAAACAAUGGGGCGGUCACAGCUGGAGGUACACCGACUGAGGAUGGACAAGGAGAAGGAAACCAAUACGAUCUCUUCGAGGAAGACCUAGCCAAUUUUGAUUAUGCCAAUUUUAACCACGCCAAUUUUAACCAUGCCAAUUUUCAGCAUGCCAAUUUUUUUAAAGAUACGAUGAAUAAUGAGCCCUUUAAAUACGCACCCAGCGUGGACGAAAUAAACUUCACAAAAAACGGCACAGACAUGACAAAUGAUACGCUCAACAGUAUAAGCAAUUACGACGAUUUAGACAACAUGGAAAAUUAUUUUCCUUCCUAUGGUGGAGCCAAAUUUGGAAAGGAGGUGGAGGUUGCUUUCAACACGGGCGUAGAUGUCUUCAAUGGGGCCACUUAUCACCCAUCGAGCAAGUUUAUUGCGUCUGAUAAAAAUGACAAAUUUUCAGAACUCCUGGAGGAGUUCCAAAAAUGUUCCAUUUGA